CAGUUUUUUUAGUUUUAGAAAAGUAGAAAAAAAAACGCGGUGUUGAUAUUUUUUUAUGUUGUUUGUUCUGUCUUUUUUUUUAAGUUUUAUGAAUGAAUUUCAUUUUAAAUACAAAAUUGCAUUGCAGUGAAAUAAAUUAAUAAUAUUCUAAAUUUUAAUGUAACUAAAAAAAUAUUUGUAAAAUCAAUAUAAAAAAAAAAUUUUAUCUCAUCAAAUUUUAUAAAUUGAAUAAAAUAUAAGGAAUUGUGGAAUUGUGGUUCUUUUUGGUUAACUUCAAUUGAAAUAACGUCUACAAGAAAAAAGAAGAAGAAGCAUAGAACCGACAAAAUCAAUAAUUAAUUUGUUACCUAAAUACUUAGUUUUUUGGUUUUUGUUAGCAAAAUGAAAAAUAAAGAAAUAUUAUUUCAAGAACUAUUAGAACAAGAUUAUUUGACCAAAGAGCACUUGUCUGGAUUCGAUAAUUAUAAGUACAAUGCACGAGAUACUUCUCCACUUAGCGUUUAUGUUAUGCAUCCAUUUUGGAAUUAUAUCGUUAGGUUUUGUCCAAAAUGGGUUGCACCAAAUACAUUAACUUUUGCUGGUUUUUUAUUUAGUGCAGCUAAUUUUGUAUUAUUAUCAUGGUAUGAUUGGAAUUAUUUUGCUAGUUCGGGCAAAGAAGGUUCAGUACCUAUACCAAAUUGGGUAUGGUUAGCCUGCGCCAUAAACAUAUUUUUAGCAUAUACAUUAGACGGAAUUGAUGGUAAACAGGCUAGACGAAUUGGAUUAUCUGGACCUUUAGGGGAAUUAUUUGAUCACGGUUUAGAUUCUUACACAGCAGUUUUAAUACCAUCUUGCUUAUAUAGCAUAUUUGGAAGAUGUGAAACUUCAAUACCACCAAUAAGAAUGUAUUAUAUCUGUUGGACAGUUUUUUUUAAUUUUUAUGUAUCACAUUGGGAAAAAUAUAAUACUGGCGUUUUGUACUUACCCUGGGGCUAUGAUUUAAGUAUGUGGGGUUCAACAUUACUUUACUUAAUAACAUGGCAUUAUGGUUAUGAAAUUUGGAAAAAUGAUCUUCCAUUUAAUAUUCCAUUAGGAAGAACAAUGGAAUUAACACUUCAUAUAAGUGCUAUGUCUAACAUACCGAUGGUAAUUUAUAAUGUCCAUAAUUCAUACAAAAAUAAAACUGGAAAAAUGAGACCUUUUAGUGAAGCAGCACGUCCAAUGUAUCCAUUUUUAACAUUUAUGUUUUUACUUUUAUUUUGGGCUUUUAAAUCACCGUCAAAUAUAAUUGAGAAGGAUCCGCGAGCAUUGUUUUUACUAAGUGGAACAAUAUUCAGUAACAUUAGCUGUCGUUUAAUAGUAUCUCAAAUGUCAAGUACUCGAUGCGAAGGUUUUCAUUGGAUGACACCAAUUUUUAUAAUAUCAAUGAUUAUAGCCUUUUACAUACCAUUUUUCGAACGUUUAAUAUUAUAUUUAUUAUGCUUGGGUACCACAUUAGCGCACUGGCAAUAUGGUGCAAAGGUUGUACAACAAAUGUGCAAACAUUUUAAUAGAAUUUGUUUUAAAGUAACUCCAGUGAUAAUGGAUUCACAAAAACCUAAUUAACUAGUGUAAAUAGUUAGGUUUUAAUUUGAUUUAUUAUUAUGAUUUCUUAAGGAAAGAAAUUUAGUUUUAAUUUACAAGAUAUAAUUUUCAUAAAAUUUUGAAAUCAACUACAAAAAUACUAUAAUACAGAAUUGACACAAUGUUAUAUAUAAUGAAUAUAACUAAUUUACAACUUAAAAUCAUCACUUGUUAUAAAUAAUAACAAGAGAUGUGGUAAACAAUUCGCUAUAUACCAAAAUUAAAAUUUUUAAGUAUAACUAUCUACGAACAAUAAUUACAAAUAGAACAUUAUUUCUACACAGUUGUGUUAAAUAGGAGAAAGUGAAAUUAAUUCUUCUAUUUUUAACACUUAUUUAAAUUUUGUAAAACAUAAUUUUCAAAAUAAUUAAUAGAUGUAUACUGCAAUAACAAGAAUUUUUUAAUAUAUAAAUGAAAAUUUUACUGCUUUAAAAAAGUUAAUUAGUUUCGUUGAUUUUUAAAUUAAAAAUAUUUAGGAAAAAUUAAUGUUUUAUGAAAAUUUGUAAUUUUUAUCUUAAGUAUCAGAAAUUGAGAAUUUAUUUGAAAAUAUUUUUAAACUAAACUUUAUGUAUAUUAUGCUAUUCUUCCAAUUACAAUUAUUAAAUUGUUAAUAAUUUAUAACUCGAAUUUAUACAGAAUAUUCGAAUUAAUUUUAAAAAAUUUACAAAUUAAUUCAAUGCACCUGUUAUAAUUUUAAAAUAUAAAUUAUUGUAUUAGUUCUAUUUUAUAAUAUACAUUUACGUAUACAUAAUUUUUAAAAUUAAUAAAAGAAGCAGCUUUUAAGUCACGUCACUAAGGACAAAGAGGAAAAUUUUUACUACUUAAUAAUAAAAUAUAUAUAAAUAAAACAAAAAGUCAGAAAUUUUGAACAAUAAAAUUAUAAAUGUAUGUACACGUAACUUUUAGUAUUGUGCAUAAUAUACAAAAUAUUUUAAUAUUUUAAAUUUAUAUAAAAAUAUUGUUCCUGUUUAAAACACAGUAAAAAUAAAACUGAAACAUAAACAAUACAAAA